GUAUUACAUUUUUCUUAUAAUCAUUCUAAGGGUAGUCUCCGAGCUAAGCGGUAGUGCUUUGUGAUCAUAUAAAAUAUUUCAACAGCAAAUUUUCUUUAACCAAAAAUGGAUAAUCACCAUUCUGGGAAGAAACCUAUUAGUGAUAUCCGCGGUACCACUCCCGGUGACAUCGUAGCUCGGUUGAAUGCUCGCUAUGCGAACUUGAAUGCACGCUCGCCCCGCGACGUUACCCUCAUCGGUCUGGAGAACAAAGUGUUCGCGGAGUUGCCCCAGACCGAGUUGGAGUUACGUAUGGAACGCGAAAUCCAGGAGAAGAUGGAGCGCGAAAUGAAGGAGCGAAUGAAUCGCAAAGUGAGGACUAACCUGGAGACUCGUAUGGAGAAGAUGAAGAUUAAGGAUGAGCCCAUGACGGUCAACAUGGAGACUUCAACGGACCACAAAGGAGUGAAGACUUGCAUCUGUAUGCGUCCUUCGCAGGGCUACGAGUGCGGCGGAUGUCGUCACUUCUUUAGAGGACGUAUUGCCGAAACUUGUGAGAAGCAUCCAUCGGAAAUAUUCCUAAUGGACUUUCGCGUGUGUCCUUAUUGUUCAGGCCCCAUUGGUAUGAUAAAGCAGCAAUUUAAUGAAGGGGUCUGCAUGAUCGCUGUGUAACCUGAUAACCUGUAAAGUUUCGACUAAUAAACUGCGAAGUAAACUA